GAAAUAAUAAAAUACAAUGUAUUAAUAAUUGUCGGUCUGUUAAUUUAUUAGUGGGAAUUUAAAAUUCUUCUAAGUUUUUCCAGUUUUGAAUGAUAUUGUGUAUUUUCGAUUAUAAAUGAUAAUUUAAGUAAAGUUGGUAAAAACUUUUUUUUUCUUUUACCUAACCAACUUUGGGGAAAUGACAGGUGACAGAUUAGGUUAGCUUAGGGUGAACAAUUUGAUGUUUUCUCUGCCAGGAUUUAACCUGCUGAUUGUUUAUCUUAAUUUUUUUUCGAUUUUUGUAUUAUUGUUAUUCAAAUCGAUAUAAAUGAAGUAACUUAAUGAAACCGAAAUUAAUUAAUCUUAAAAAAUAUGCUCACUUAACUAUCACCACGUCCUUGACAAUCUUAAUGUUAUCUGUUCUAAGAGGUUCAUUAAGAUCCUACUCAACCAAUCUGACAAGGUAACGUCAUUGUCAGUUUUCUCUAUUAAGUCUGAACUAUUUACAAAUUAUAUGGUUGAUUUUUACGCGAUCAUUAUUUAAAUUACGUUCGCGAUUAUAAUCAUUUUACUAAGUAUUAAAGCACUAAUAAUCCCUAAAUAAUUCAAUUUUCACAAUGUUAUUUUAACAUAAGUUAUGAAGCUUCAUGCUGCAUGUUAAUAUGUUACUUACUAUUUUCUUUGUUUUAAUAAUAUUCAGCGCAUAUGAAGUCAGUUCAAAGCACUGAUUCAAGUGUAUAUUGAAGAUAUUUUUAUACAAGCAAACUUUUUUUGGACCCUGGAUAUAACAAUUAUAUUUUUAUGGCUGCGGUCUAUUAAAAAUACCCUACCUUGCAUCUUAAUGUUCUGUUGUCAACAAAAGAAGUCUUUAAUUUUUAUUAAUGAGCAUCAAUGAUGAAUUAUUUUCAACACAUUCUGUUGCCUCUACGCAAACAAUCCAGAUAUUAUAUUGGUUUAUUUUCUUGACAAUGCAAGAAAAAAAGAAAAUAGGUCUUCAAGUAUCAAAUUAGUUUUGGUAUUAUAUAUAGUAGACAUUUAUCCUAAUUUAAGAAGCACCAAGAUGAUGCCCUAUUAUUUCGUCUGGUGUUGUAUUUCUUCAUUAUUGGUUAUUGUUUAUUGCAAUGAAGAUGAUCAAAGUGUACCUAUGACAGACUUAGAAAGGGAAAGAUUGAAAGAGGAAGCAAGAGAUAUGUUUUAUCAUGCUUACAGAGCUUAUAUGGAUAAUGCAUACCCAGCAGAUGAAUUAAUGCCCUUAAGCUGUGAAGGUCGUUAUCGUGGAAGUCAUCCUUCAAGAGGAGAUUUAGAUGAUACUCUUGGAAAUUUCUCAUUGAGUUUAAUUGAUACACUUGAUACUCUUGUGGUGCUUGGUGAUAUAGCGGAGUUUGAACAUGCUGUGAAACUUGUGAUAAAAGAUGUUACGUUUGAUUCAGAUGUUACAGUAUCUGUUUUUGAAACAAAUAUACGAGUUUUAGGGGGUCUUCUCUCAGCACAUAUAUUAUCUGAAUAUGUGAAAGAUAGAAUCGGUGUUAUGCAGUGGUAUAGAGGAGAAUUAUUAGAAAUGGCUAAAGAUAUUGGUUACAGGCUCUUACCAGCAUUUAAUACUUCCACUGGAAUACCUCAAGCCCGGGUUAAUUUAAGGCAUGGAAUCAAAACUGCAAAGCUGUGGAACUCAAGAGAAACAUGCACUGCAUGUGCUGGGACAAUGCUUCUUGAAAUGGCAGCCCUUUCCCGUCUUACUGGAGAUACUGUUUUUGAGGAAAAAGCUGAUAAAGGAAUGGACAGCUUAUGGGGAUUGAGACAUCGUGGGUCAGGUUUGAUGGGUGCUGUGCUAGAUGUAGAAAGUGGUAGAUGGGUCAGGCGUGAAUCUGGUGUUGGAGCUGGCAUUGAUUCUUAUUAUGAAUAUUGUUUAAAAGCUUACAUCCUUCUAGGAAAUUCAAAAUACCUAUCAAGAUUUAAUAAGCACUAUUCUGCUGUAAUGAAAUAUGUUAGUCAAGGACCUAUGCUCUUAGAUGUUCACAUGCAUCGUCCUCAUACAAAUGCCAGGAAUUUUAUGGAUGCACUGUUAGCAUUUUGGCCAGGCCUUCAGGUUUUGAGUGGUGACUUGAAACCUGCAGUGGAAACUCAUGAAAUGCUUUAUCAAGUAAUGCAGCGCCAUACCUUCAUACCAGAAGCAUUUACCACAGAUUUUCAGGUUCACUGGGGUGAGUACCCAUUAAGACCUGAGUUCUUAGAGUCUACUUAUUUCCUUUAUCGAGCAACAGGUGACCACCAUUAUUUACGUGUUGGUGAGAAGAUUUUGAGAGGUUUACAAACACAUACAAGGGUGCCCUGUGGCUAUGCUGCUCUAUCUGAUGUAAGAUCUGGUCGUCAUGAUGAUAGGAUGGAUUCUUAUGUUCUCGCAGAGACAUUUAAAUACCUAUAUCUACUAUUUGCUGAGCCCAGUGAUCUGAUCAUUGAUUUGGAUGAUUUUCUCUUCACAACUGAGGCACAUCUUUUACCUCUUAGCCUUUCCCGGAUUGUAACUAACCACAGUUUAGGAGUGCACAAUGAGGGAAUCGAAAAUGAAGAUGGUCCCUACCAAUGUCCAUCAUCAUUAAGACUUUUUCCACAAGCUUUACGUAAACCUCUAAAAAACUUUGUUUCUGAUACAUGCCCUGAUUCAGUCAAACAAGUUGUUCGAAGAAGAUUGUUGGCAGCUAAUUUCCAGUCUGGAAAUCCGGAGCAUAUGCGUAUUAUUGGUGAAAUGGGAAUUAGCAUUACUCACCUUGAUGAUGGAAGAAUACAGCUGCUCCAUACAUUUUCUAAGGCUCGAAGUGUGGCAGAUGCAAAAGAAGGACUUUUGUUUAUGCAAGAAAUGUUAGAGGUUGCUAAAUCACAAGGACCUGAAACUCUUCCUCAAGCUGUUACCUUCACCUCUGACGGAAUAACAUAUUCCCUUUCUGCUGGCCCAGCUCAUUUUGGUAGACAGCUGGUGGGGAAUACAAAAGUAACUGGUAAAGUAGGCAUCGCUGAUCCUUUAAAUGCUUGUGAAAAAUUAAAAAACCCUGAAGCUAUUAAAGGAAAAAUUGCCAUUGUCCAACGAGGAAAUUGUAUGUUUAUAGAUAAGGCUAGAAGAAUGAUGGAAGCAAAAGCAAUUGGUGGUAUAGUGGUCGAUAACUCUGGUGAUGUUAGCAAAACAUCCCCUCUUUUUGCAAUGUCUGGAGAUGGAAACGAUGAUGUGAACAUUCCCGUUGUAUUUUUAUUUGUCAAUGAUGCUGCUAAACUCUUAUCUGCUUUGACAAAGGAUCUUAAAAUGAAAGUCACUCUUGGUUACCGUAAUACUUUGUCAGAAGAAGAAAGCCUAAAGAAACAAGAAGAUAUCGAUAAUACCAGUGAAAACAAAGCUUCCGUCCACAACUUUUCUUCUGAUCGCCUAUUAAAUGGCGAGGCCAUCAUGACCCUUGGCCUCCUGAGUUAUUCUUCUGCACGUCUGUCUGUCCUGUGCUUCUCUCUUCAGAUUGGGAACUCCCAACUUCCUCGCAUCUCUCUCCACUUCACCCUUCCACCUGCUUCUCAGCUUUCCUCUUUUUCUCUUCCCACUCUAGGUGAGAUCAUAGAGGUAAACAAUGGUGAAAUUGAUUCUUCACCAGCAGAUAGCAAAAAAAAAACAUGGAAAGAAGAUGAAGAAGACUUGGCCUCCUUACCUGAAAAAUUACAAAAUGUUCUAGCUUCAUUGUCUAAAGCUGCUCCUUCUAAUUGAUUAAGUGGUUAAAUAACUUUAUUUUAUUUUUAAGAAAGAAAAGAACGGCUAACUUUUUUUUUUUAUUUUAUAAAUGAGCUUACUUCAUGUGAAAUUCUUGAAAUUACAGGGUUCGUCAACUUAACAUAUUUGCUAUCAUGUUGUUUCAGCAAUAAUUUAAUUUUUUAAUAUUGUUUUCUGUUAUACCUAAAUUUUAAACUAUAUUUUUUAUCAAAGUGGAUGAUCUGUAAUAUUAUAUUAUCGGUCUCAAUGUGAUGCUGCAAAACUGACAAAUUCCUUAAACCAAAAAAAUUAAAUUUUCAUCUUAUUGGAAAUUAAUCAAUUAAUCGAGAAUCAUUUAGUACUAACAAUUACAAAAGAUUAACGAUUAAUUAUGGUUCAUAAAAUUUAUGUAAAAAUAAUAAUUAAGUUGCUCUAAUUUAAAAUGUUUUUUAGUUAUGCUGUUUUUCAUAGAAAUCAACAAUAUGUAACUUUUAUCAUGUGAAAAAACAAAGAAAAAAUAGUAAUUAACCAAACUAUUUUCUAUUUUUAUUAUGUUAAUGCAUCCAGUUAUCAUAGAAAGUGCCUAUUUAAAUGUUGAAAGAAAAAAAUAUCCAUUUAUUGAUAAUAUUUGAAAAUAGUGAUUAUCUUCAUUCAAAAAUAUAAAGUUUCAGUUGCUGAGGUUUUAUUAAUGAAUUUGAAAUUUUCUAGACGAUUACAUCUUUAAAAUGACAGUUAAACCUGAUUUUUCUUCUUCGAUUUUUCUUUCUUUUCAAUUUACAUAAGUAAAAUGAAUGAUGCGAAUUUAUAUAUGAAUAAACAUAAACUGGCUCUUGAGUAUUUUUAUCUUAAAAUAAGACAUAUGUGAAGGAAUGUCUUAACUGAUUAGCAAUUUAAUUCAGAAAUAAAGUGUAACUAUUCAUACUUAACUACCUAUAGUGAUAGUUUAAUGUUUCAGCAAGAAAUAGAUUAAAAAUUCUCUGAGACAAAAAAGAAACUGAUAGCUGUGGCAUUUAAAUGUAAAUCUUCAGAAGUUAUAGGUACAUACUGGCAUAAUUAUUACAACACCUAGCUACAUACUAUAAUACCUUGUAAUAUUAUUAAUGAACUAAAAUUGUUAUUAAAUUAAAAGAAGGUAAUAAAUAAAGCAGUGAUGGUGAUUCUUUGGUUCCUUGUGUGCCCAGAAUGGGAAAAAUCUUGAUCAAAGGCUUCUAUCUAAUCAUCAAAGUUUGUGAUAUUAAAUUAAUAAAUCCAUAAUCUUAUCAAAUUUUCAUAGCUAGUGGAAAAAAUCAAUUGUUAAUGUAAUUAUUUGAAUAUUUUUUUCACUUUUAAAGCUGGAUUACAUUUGCUAGAGCAUUAAUGGAAUGUUCAUGUUUUGUACUUCACCUGUUAGUUUGUGUUUUAUUUAUUGGUUUUAAUAUUAUGUCAAAAUAUUAGAUCUCCUUUUAUAUAGAGUGCAUAAAAAGAACAAUUUUAUUAAAGAUGUCAUCAGAUUUUACAGAUUGUGAAAAUAUUCUUGUAUUAAAUUCUAACCAGUCCAAAUUUUAUAAUUGUGGUCUUGUUCAUUACUUUCUCUUACUAUAAAAAAUAACUCUCAAUGAAUCCAUAAAUCCUCCUGAUCUUUCUCUUUACUCAUCUCAUAAAUUAAGUUAGUGCUGUAAGAAUUGUUCUUGGAAGACUAACUGUAAACAGUGUGUCUUAUCAAAUAUGUCUUUGCUUCUAAAAGGUUCACCAUCACUGUUAAUACUAACAAUCAGAAUUUUAAAAAUUCAGAAUAUGAUUGUUUCAGUAUUUGUAAUUCACAAUAUGUCCUUUCAAUUUCAUUAUGAUGAUUUAAAUGAUCUCUCAUUCUUCUUUAAAGUGGGUCUCAUUAAGGUGUUUAUAAAUAUAAAUGGAUAUAUGUAUGUAUGUAAAUUUAUUAUUAAUUUUAUCCAUUUGAUAAUUUUUUUACUAUAAGAUGUAAUUAUAUUUAUGUAUGUGUAAGUAUAUUUUAUAUGUACACAUGCACACUUUGUACAUAAUUUCUGCAAAUUUAAGAAAUAUAAAUGAUUCAUUGGAGUCAGCUGUUUAUAUAUAUUAAAAAGAAAAAAAUCUUUAAAAAAGUUUACUUUAUUUAGUAGUUUAACAAUGCUUUCUAGUAAUUUGUUAUUCAAUUAAAGAUUUUUUAUUUGAGUCAUUUUCAUUACUUUAUAAUUUAUCUUUAUUGUUUUUCUUAUAUUAGUAUGUAUGAAAGAAUAUUCUGUUUUAUUUUUGAUGUUCUAUAUGUUUUAUUUGUAUUUUAGUGAAUUUAGUUACUUUUUUUUUAUUUUAUUGUUAUUAUUUUAUUGUGUUUCUUAUACUCUUGCAGAAGUUCACUGUUCUUAAUUCUGCAAAACGAAUUUAAUAAGAAAUGAGUACUAAAUUUUAUUCCUAAUUAUUGAAUACCAUAGGGGUGUUUUUGUACAUUUAAUUAUUGUUAUGAUUUAUUAAUUGUUUCUUUAGAGAUUAUUUUUAUUGAGAUUAUUGAAACAGAUUAUUUUGUAUCAUUAAUAUAGUUCUCAUUUUAUUUGUAUAUUAAAAUGUGAAUAAACAUAUGUUAAUUUUUUAUGGAAGUUAUGUUAAAAACCUUAUAUUUAUUAUGUCAAAACCGGAAAUAAAUGUGUUUUCUCAUAUAUAA